AUGAGUGGAAUCUUUCGAGCGAUCCAACCGCGAGCUUGCGCGCAAAAAGAGAGCGCCGCUCGGAGCGGCAGGAUGGAGAAGCCUCACGUGCGUGUCGGCGUGGGAGUGAUCAUUCUCCGGGAAGACAAGGUGCUCGUCGGCAAGAGGUAAGCAAACACGCACGCAUCUGAAGCACACAUCUUUCCAUGCUCCUCCCCUGCUCCUCGUGUGUGUGGCCUCUCCGUUUCGUGCAGGAAGGGCGCACACGGCGCAGGUUAACACGAAGGAUGCACGCCGAUGCUCCAUUCCUGGAGCAUGAAUGUGCUGACUGCUGCCCUGUGUCCAGGCAAGUGGCAGUUCCCCGGCGGUCAUCUGGAGUUCGGUGAGGACGUCAUUGACUGCGCCAAGCGGGAGGUCAAGGAGGAGACUGGCCUGGAGAUCUUCCACUCUCGCGUCGGCCCUUACACCAAUGACAAGAUGAUGACAGGUCAGCAAUUCAUCAUCACAAUGGUUGAUGGCAGUGCCCAGCUUCUGCCUGUCUGCACAGAGAACAAGCAUUACAUCACCCUCUACGUCAUCGCCCUCUCACCGCCAGGGCAGCCAGACCCACAGCUGCUCGAGCCACACAAAUGUGAAGGAUGGUGAGAUGACCAACCACAUAGACAGACACUCGAACGAUAAGCUCUCCUGGUCGAUGGUGUGUGUGGUGUGUGGGUGUGUGGAUGCAGGCGCUGGGUUGAGUGGCCUGAGCUGCGGCAGCUGGAGCCUCUGUUCACUCCUAUCCUGAACCUGAUGGACCAGGGCUACUGUCCCGAAGAGCUCAUUGAGGCGUGACACAGGCACAUCAUUCAUUCAUCAAUUCAUCCGAGGGAGGCUCGAAGGAG